AUGGCUGCUACUGGCCCUGCAAGAGAGGCUGAGAGCGGAAUCCCAGAGUGGGAGAAGGAGGAGAAAGAGGAAAAGGAGGCAGCAGUGAAGGUGUUGGUGGAAGAGGAGAAGGAAGUUCUGCAUUCCUCUACAGUUUUGCUGCCUCUGAGGAGGAAGGCCCAAGAUAAAGGCCUGGUGGAAGCAGUGGAGGUGGAGCUGGAAUUGCAUCCCUUGCAGAACAGGUGGGCUUUGUGGUUCUUCAAGAAUGACUGCAGCAGGGUCUGGCAGGAUAACCUGCACCUGGUCACCAAGGUUGACACGGUGGAGGACUUCUGGGCGAUGUACAGUCAUAUCCAGCUGGCCAGUAAGCUCUCAUCUGGCUGUGACUACGCCCUGUUCAAGGAUGGCAUCCAGCCCAUGUGGGAAGAUAGUAGGAAUAAGCGUGGUGGCCGCUGGCUGGUCAGUCUUGCCAAACACCAGCGCCACAGCAAGUUGGACCACCUCUGGUUGGAGACACUGCUGUGUCUGAUCGGGGAGAGCUUUGAAGAACACAGCAAGGAGGUGUGUGGGGCUGUCGUCAAUAUCCGCACCAAGGGGGACAAGAUCUCGGUGUGGACACAGGAGGCAGAGAACCAGGCCGGUGUGCUGCACAUUGGGCAUGUAUACAAAGAACACCUGGGCCUGUCAACAAAAGCUGUUAUUGGUUAUCAGGCCCAUGCAGACUCAGCCACCAAGAGCACCAGGAACAAGUUUGUGCUGUGA